AUGCGCGCGGUGGCGGAAGUGUCUACUCGGACCCCCGCGCCUGCGCGGGACUUUGAUAUCGCGCCCGACACGACGGAUGUCAUUUAUGCAGAGGACGAGGAGGUGUUCCGGGAAACUGCCGUGCGUGAGCUGCUGAAGGUCGGCUUCCUCAGGUUUGAGAGGAUGUUGCAAGCACGGCCCGCAGAUGUGUGGGCUAAAGCAGAGAACGGCCUCGGAGCUUUGGAUCACCUUGCCAGGUUGCAGAACGAGGGGCACAUCACCAAGCCGCUCUUGGUUUUGCUGGAUGUGCGGAUGCCGGGAAUGGACGGCAGAGAAUGCGCGCUUCAAAUCCAGGAGCUCGUCAAAAAGAAGCUUCUACGGCGAGAGCCCUACGUUGUGUGCAUCUCCUCCAUUGCUAGACAGGUGCAGGUGGACGAGGGAGGUGGCAACUUUCAGAUUGUGCUACCCAAGCCCAUCAAUGCACAGUUCAUUGAGGAUGCCUUUGAUCUCCUCAGGAAGUGGUGGACGUUAGGUUGCAGUCGGGAGUUGCCAGCCUGGAAAAGCUUCCAGGCAGACCAACUUGACGUGAUAGCUGCCGACGAAGAGCCUGUCUGCCGUAUGGCCUCUCAAAUGGCAUUCAUCCAGGCGGGCGUGAGCCAGGAUGCCAUCAUCGAAGUGGAGGCUGAGGAGGAGUUGAUGCAGCAGCUUGUUGAGCUGCAGGCGGGGGACCAGAGUCGCCCGGUGAUCAUCCUCCUCGGACAGGAGGCCUGGGCGCAGAGUGUUGCAGACUGGGUGGAGGACAGCGUGCUGCCCCGCCAUUCAGCGCAUCCCGUUCGUGAUUUGCACGUCCGCUCAGAGCUCAGAGAAGUGAGCGAGGUGGAUAGCGACCGCAUCGGCGCGUCCUCUGCAUCUUCCCUCUUCCACGCCCUGCUUCCGCGGACCUUCACGCAGCAGGACGUCAGAUGGAGCCUGGAAUACUGCAGGCUUUGGUGGCUUACUCGGUGCGUGGGGCCGUACGAGAAGCCCUCUGGAGAGGUGCCCCGGAACGUGCACUCGGGGCUUGGGGUCCGGGUUUGGGCUUGA